AAGAUAUGUCAGUGAUCCAUCGUGAAAACAACUUAACCCAAUCAAUCCUCCAUUUAUAGGAGCCUCGAUCUGAAUUCAUUUUCAAGAUCAAAAGGAAAUGAUGGAUGUGAGGGUGAAGCUUUUAAUCCUUUUGGCAACCUCACUCUUGAUUUACUCGCUCAUAGUUUUACUCAAAGUCCUGUAUGACUACUGGUGGGUGCCUCUCCGUAUUCAACACUUCUUGAAUUCACAAGGACUUAAAGGGCCUCCUUACAAGUUCAUCCAUGGAUGCAACAAACAAAUUAACAAAAUGAGAAGUGAAGCAUUAAGCAAACCUAUGGGGCUGACACAUGACAUACUUCCCAGAGUUUUCCCUCAUUAUUACUCCUGGAUCAACUUAUACGGAAAGAACUAUCUUUCUUGGGACGGUGUUCAAGCUCAGGUGGUGACUACUGACCCAGAACUAAUAAAAGAGGUUCUUAAAAAUAGUGAACAAACUUUUCGGAAAAGGGAACCCCCGAUCUAUGUUGGCAGGCUAUUGGGGGAUGGGCUUGUUACAACUGAAGGAGAAAAAUGGGCGAAGAAGAGGAAGUUGGCCAACUAUGCUUUCCAUGGGGAGAGUUUAAAGAACAUGACUCCAGCAGUAAUUGCCAGCGUUGAAACAAUGCUAGACAAGUGGAAAGACAAAGAAGGAGAAGAGAUCGAAGCAUUCCAAGAAUUUAGAAUCUUGACUUCAGAAGUCAUAUCAAGAACAGCUUUUGGUAGCAGUUACUUCGAAGGAGAGAAGAUUUUUUACAUGUUGCAGAAGCUUGCAGAUAUUGUGAGCCGCAAUUCAAACAAGUCUAGGAUUCCAAUCCUCAGCAAGUUUUGGAAAACUGACGAUGACAUUGAGUCAGAGAAACUGGCUAGAGAAAUACAAGAUUUGGUUAUAGAGAUUGUGAAGAAAAGAGAAAACAAAGUUUCGAGUGGAGGAGCAGAGAGCUUCGGCAGUGAUUUUCUGGGAUUAUUAGUAAAAGCGUUUAAUAAUUCAGAUGAAAAAAACAAGAUUUCAAUGGAAGAUUUGGUUGAUGAGUGCAAAACAUUUUAUUUUGCCGGACAAGAAACUGUUAACGCCUCACUUGCUUGGGCAGUGCUGGUUUUGGCUAUCCAUAGAGAUUGGCAAGACAAAGCAAGAAGAGAGGUGAUGGAGAUAUUCGGUAAACAAAAUCCACACUCCGAAGGCCUUGCCAAACUCAAAAUCAUGAGCAUGAUCAUUAAUGAAACUCUACGAUUGUAUACUCCCUUAAAUGGGAUGGUAAGAAGAGCUAGAAGACAAGUUCAAGUGGGAAAGCUAGUCUUGCCUGCUGAAGUAGAUGUUUUGAUCCCAAACAUGGCACUUCACCAUGACCCUCAGUUAUGGGGAGACGAUGCCCAUGUUUUCAAACCGGAGAGGUUCGAGGAAGGGAUCGCGAAAGCUACCAAGUACAAUGCGGCUGCAUUUAUUCCUUUCGGAAUGGGACCUCGAGCUUGUGUCGGGAUGACCUUUGCAAUCAAUGAAACAAAGACUGCUCUUUCCAUGAUUCUACAAAGAUACACCAUUUCUCUCUCCCCUGCGUAUGUUCACUCACCCGCACCUCGUAUCACAGUUCAACCACAACAUGGGAUUCAAGUUAUGCUCAAUUCACUGUCUAAUGAUGCUUAAACUAGGCGCUGUUCAUCUGUAACGCCGUAAUCAAUAAGUAAACUCUAGUGUCGGACUCUAGUAAUGUUUGUUCAGUUUGACCUGCCAUGCACUUUGCCAAUUCCCCAUGUUCGCAUGUCUGUGAAUGUUAGGUUGUAGAAUUAUUAGAGUUCUUUAUUUUCUCUAAAAUAUAUAUGUAAAUGCUUCUAUUAGAUCCGGAGAUCUGAUAUGAGAACAUAUCCAAAUAUAUUAGGAGACUUCAAGAAGUUUAGUUUAA